UGAUUCUCUCUCAUUCAGUUAAAGUGAAUUAAUUUUGUUCCUCUGAUUUUUGUUUAGAUUAAUUUACCUUUACAAUUACGAUUGUUUUAAUCGUUGGUAUUUUUUUUGUGUAGUUUAAUGAUUGACACUCGUAAUUGAAUCUAAUUUGGGUUCUCAUUCUGGUUCAUCAAUUUACUUUAUCAUCAAAUUAGAAAAAAAAUGAGUGGAGCUCUUUAUAAUGAUGAUCACAUUAUUGACACCGAUGAUAAUAAAGAUGACCCAUAUGAUUUAAGCCUGACUUUGGAAGACACUGAAGAUGAUUACAAUAUUGAAGAUAUUUCGAAAGAUCAAGUCAAAGAUAUACUAACUGAUGGUAAUAGAUUUUUGUUAGAAGAUGAACCAAUCGAAUCAACAAGCUCCCAGAUAAACAUAAUUGACAGACGUGUCAACGACAAAAUUAGUGGUAAAGGUAAAUCCAAUGACAUCAAUACAGAGAUUGGUCCUCCAAGUCCAUUGAUUGAUAUUCGACCAACAGCAUACCCUGAGCCCGAAUUUUGGUGUUCAGUUGCAUAUUAUGAAUUGAAGAAUAGGGUUGGCGAAACAUUUCACGCAUCUCAACCCUCGUUAACGGUAGAUGGAUUUACUGAUCCAUCAAGUUCGGAGAGAUUUUGUUUAGGUCUACUUUCAAAUGUUAAUCGAACUGCUUUAGUUGAGCAAACUCGAAGACAUAUUGGCCGGGGCGUCAGAUUGUAUUAUAUUGGAGGUGACGUUUAUGCCGAGUGUUUGAGUGAAUGCAGCAUUUUCGUCCAAAGUCCCGAUUGCAAUCGUAUGUACGGCUGGCAUCCGGCUACGGUUUGCAAAAUACCUCCUCGUUGCAAUUUAAAAAUUUUCAAAAACUCAGAUUUUGCUGAUUUAGUCUCUCAAUCGGCAACCCAAGGUUUCGAGGCUGUUUUCGCACUCACCAGGAUGUGUACCAUUCGUAUAAGUUUUGUUAAAGGCUGGGGUGCAGAGUAUAGACGGCAAACAGUGACCUGUACACCCUGUUGGAUAGAAUUACAUUUAAAUGGACCAUUACAAUGGUUGGACCGAGUUCUAAUGCAAAUGGGUGCACCUCGAGUUCCAUGCAGUUCAAUGUCUUGAGCAUUUACUUUCUUUCCUUUUCUCUCUUUCAUCUCCCUUAAUAUUUUUUCUUCUUCUUCUUCUUCUUCUACCUCUUUCUCCCACUCCUUGCUCUCUACUUUUCGCAUCAAUCUACUACUCUAUGUUUUACUUUCUUUCUCCCUUUUUCUCUCUUUUCUAAUCUCACUCACAUUCACUUUUAUUCUAUUUCACCCUCUCUCCCCUUUCGUUCUAUUACAUCUCUGUUAUGUCUUCAAUCCCUUCAUCUUAUCUAAUUUGUCUAUUUUUUCUUUGCAUCUUCUCCUUCGAUGAUAAUAUUUGGUUUCUCUCUCACAUACUCCCCUCUCUCUCUCUCUCUCCUUCUUCCUUCCUCUCUCUCUCUCCCUCCUUCUCUCUUACAAAAAUUACACAAACACACAUGAAACAACAACUACACAAAAAUUAAUAUCGAGUAUACAUAAUAUUGAAUAUAUACUUUGACGCAAGUGGAAUGACAGCCCAAUCAAAAAAUACCAAUUGUGAAACAAAUGAUGGUAAAUCCAUUUCUCUUCAAUCCAUCAACCUAUGGUUCUCAUCAUUGAUUAAUUUAGUUAAUUCAUUUUUUGUCCCAUCGAUGUUAUAUAUAUACACCAACACACACUUAUAUAUAUACCAAUCGUUAAAAACUAAUUAAAAACAACAAAAAACAAACCACAGUUAAAAAUAAAAUGAACAUAAAAUUAA